AUGGCCCGGGCCGCUGACGCCGGGCCGGCGCGGGCGCAUCUCUCCUGCGGCAACCUCGCGCACGCCUUCGCCGCCAGCCCGGAAGCGGACAAGACGCGCCAGACCGGCAGCGCCGCCGGCAACAUCGGCAUCGUCACCGCCUAUAACGACAUGCUCUCGGCCCACCAGCCGUUCGAGGGCUUUCCCGCGCUGAUCCGCGAGGCGGCCCGGCAGGCAGGUGGCACCGCCCAGGUCGCCGGCGGCGUGCCGGCGAUGUGCGAUGGUGUCACCCAGGGCCAGCCGGGCAUGGAGCUCUCGCUCUUCAGCCGCGAUGUGAUCGCACUGGCGGCGGGCGUGGCGCUGUCGCACAACUGCUUCGACGCUGCGAUCUUCCUCGGCGUCUGCGACAAGAUCGUCCCCGGGCUUGUGAUCGCGGCAGCCACCUUCGGCCAUAUCCCGGCGAUCUUCGCGCCGGCGGGGCCGAUGACCUCGGGCCUGCCGAACGAUGAGAAGGCCGCCGUGCGCCAGCGCUUCGCCCGCGGCGAGAUCGGCCGAGACGAGCUGAUGGCCGCCGAGAUGGCCUCGUAUCACGGCGCAGGCACCUGCACGUUCUAUGGCACGGCGAACUCGAACCAGAUGCUGAUGGAGUUCAUGGGCCUGCACCUGCCCGGCGCGAGCUUCGUAAUCCCGGCACGCCGCUCCGCGAGGCGCUGA